AUGAGAGUAGGCAAAGGUUGUGGUCGGUGUCGUCAUCGUCAUAUUCGCUGCGUGAUCCCUACGGGGGCCUCUGCCUGCGCCCCGUGUGCGCGCCUGGGCCGAGUGUGCCAUCUCGACCCGCGCUUUCAGUUCAAGGCUGUGCACCACAUCUAUCAGAAGAGCAAUGGCUCGUCUGCCCGCUUCGACUUGGUAUGGGAUGAGCAACAGGUCUGGGUGGAUGUUUUACAGCCUGUCACGUUCGUCAACGAGGCCUUCGAUGAGUGGGAAGGAGGAGAAUUCGUCUCUCAAAGCCACUCCCAGAUCGCAGGAAAUCCCCCAGAUACAAUCUUAUCGCCCAGUCAGCAACUAGAUACGCUGUCAGAAGUCACGACGGGGUUCAAGUCGUCACUCCAACACGUUUCCAUCCACCAUGGGCUAGAACUGGCUCCAACAAGUAGCCCACUGAUGCCCUAUCCCGAUGAAACGUUGAUGUUGUCGCUGCGAGAGGCAUCUCUGAUGAGAAAUUUCAUCCAGAAAAUUGCACCAUGGGCGGAUAUAUGUGACCCACAGUCGCACUUUAGCACCGUCGUGCCUCGGCGUGCAAUGAAAAUACCCAUGGUCUUCAAAGCAGUACUGGCACUCGCGGCGCGGCACGACGCCAUUUUAAAUAAAACAAGCGACUGGGAGGCCUCGUCCUAUCACGGGCAGUGCGUAGAGCUGCUUAUCACAGCACUCGACCGCCCUGAUCACACAUAUGACGAUGACUUGCUGGUGACGGUGGUGAUAUUGCGCAUCUACGAGGAGUUGGAAAACAAUACAGAUGAAAAGUUUCACCUUCUGGGAUCUAAUCGUCUCAUCAAUCUCAUGUCUCGCUCUGCCUCGUCGGGCGGGAUGGCCGAGGCUGUCAGCUGGCAGUUUUUGCGUCAGGCCAUCUACGCGUCCGUGGUACAGUAUCAACACUUCCAGCUGGACUUGCGCAAUUAUGAGCGGUCAUCCAUGUUUCUACGGGACGACGAUGCCGCAUUUGCGAACAUGAUCAUAUUCCAUUGCGCGCAUAUCAUCCAGUUGUGCCGAGACUUUCCCGAGCAGUCAGUCGAGGUAACUGCCUGGCACCGGGUUUCUGAAGCUGUAGACGAGUGGCAUGUAAAAAAGCCAAUUACCUGGCAGCCCAUUCGCUACCAGGCACCCGAUCUGGCUGCGAAUCGCCCCUUCCCUGAAAUGUGGAUGAUGUCGGCCCCUGCUGGUCUGUAUCUCACUCCAUCCUCCCCGAGAAUGGCUUUGACUGACGACGCUCUUUCAGUGGUGGGAAUGCAGUAUUACUAUGCGGCUCGCAUCUUCCUCACACUGACCGAUCCACAGUCCCUUCAAAUGAAUGACUAUGCAAGGGCUCGAUUCCGGCACCAAGCCGAGAGAACCAUUGCUGCGCACGUUGCGACCGUCAUCGGUCUCUCUUUAUCGAACGAAAGUGUGCAAAAUGCAUACUUUAUGGCCUGCCACCUCCUUCACCGCUAUGGCCACUGUUUGCGAGACCAAGCAGAACAAGAAGGAUCGCUGAAUUUUCUCGAUCGUGUCGAGAAUGUGCUGGGUUGGCGAACGGCAUGGAUCCGGCAAGAGUUGGGGAGGCAGUGGGCCGAAAUGGCGGUGGAUGUUUAG